AUGUUUCCCAAACAAACCAUUAUCCUGGCUCUGCUAGCAUUCAGGUUUGUCCUCCCCCCAACUUCCACCUAUCCCGCUAACACUAAAACCCAGAAGCCCUCUCACAACAGCAAUCUCACCAAAUGAAGAAUGCAGCUGUACAAAAACAGUAUACAAAACCAUCACAGAAACCGCAACGGAGAUUUCUGGCCAGUCUUCAAGUAUUGAGGUUCCCUCAGCACUUCCCUAUUCUUCAACAACCACAGGAUACCUCACUUUCACGGAGACAUCGACAGAGACGGUGAUCGCAACAUUGUCUCGCACCACGACUACAUUCACAUCUCUUCUUUCGCCAAUAACCGUGACAAUACCUCCAUCAGAACCCAGUGAGACGUCAGUUUCCACAGGUUAUCAGACAGGAGUUUCGGAUAGCCAACAGUCACCGCCGUUUUCCUCAGUCGAUUCCAUCACAACGCUGUUAACAAGUUCGCCCAAACCACCAUACGCGAACUCCACCACUUCUCGCUCAGGCUGCCGAAGCAACGGUACAUCAGUCUCAACGAGCAUCUCCAGCCCUACACCUUACACCGCGAGCGAAGUUUGCACUUCGAAUACCGCGUCUAGUCAGCUCAGUACCACUGAAACGGGAUACACACUAUCUACUCUACAAACUUCGGUAUCAAACAGUAACGACAUGGCAAGCAAUACCGCCGACCCCAAUCUAUCAAGUUCCUACAUCCAAAUCGCGACUCAACUACCAGUCUCAAGUCAGACUUCAACCUCCGUACCUUCAAUCCCCUCGAGCUCCGCGGUGUAUACCUCAGGAGUCCCCGGACCUACACAACACCACCCACCAAUGAUCAUCUCAACAAUAUCAGCUCAAUCCAGUUCCCCAACGUCUUCCGCAAUUAGCUAUAUUUACGAUACUAGCUCCGCGACCGGGUUUCCGUCUUAUACAGCAUCUCCACCACCCACUUCAAGCUCAUCAGCUACUUUAGACCCCAUCACCACCUCAUCACGGCCAUCCCCCACAUCCCUCCUAACCACGACUCUUAAGCAAUAUUACACAUACUAUUCACCCAAUAACAUGCAAAAAAGACAUCGUGGUGGUUAUGAGAACGCGCGGGAGGGAGAGGGACCUUGGGCUAAUGCUUGA